CAUGCGCUGUUGCGCCAAAGUAAUUGAUGUCCUUGCUAGUAUGCAUUUAGAGCUUCGUAUAACAUAGUCAGUUUUAUUCACAGUGCGAGUUUGAGUUACAGCAGGAAAUAGAGCUAACCUAAAUGUUUUCUAUAUGAGGAGCUGAUGGAAGACGCACGGGAUUUGGCUGAGCGCACUGCACGUUCAGAGAGGAAGCGUAGGGACUCAUUCGGGAUGUUUGAUGGCUACGACAGCUGCAGCGAGGAGUCCACCAGCAGCUCCAGCUCAGAGGAUAGUGAGGAUGAUGUUGUGACUUCCAUCCCAGCCAGCCUGCCCAUCAUCAAAAAUAAUGGACAGGUCUACACCUACCCUGAUGGCAAAGCUGGGAUGGCCACGUGUGAGAUGUGUGGAAUGAUUGGUGUUCGAGAUGCUUUUUAUUCCAAAACCAAACGCUUCUGCAGCGUGUCUUGUUCCAGGAGUUAUUCCUCUAAUUCUAAAAAGGCUAGCAUUCUGGCACGUCUCCAGGGCAAGCCUCCAACAAAGAAAGCAAAAGUCUUGCAGAAACAACCUCUCAUGGCAAAGCUGGCGGCGUAUGCCCAGUACCAAGCAAGUCAACAGAACCAGGCCAAGUCCAAGUCUGUCGUGCCUGCAGAGAGCUUUGACUGGGGAAGGUAUAUCUGCAGCAGUAACACAGUGGGAGCUCCUGUCAGCUGUUUUAAGCAUGCCCCGAUGGGGACAUGCUGGGGAGACAUAGAAGAAGGAGUGAGGAUUGAACUGCCCAACUCUGACACCAACCUUUCCACUAAGGUUUACUGGAUAGCAGAAAUCAUAAAGCUGGCAGGGUUCAAGGCACUGCUGAGGUAUGAGGGGUUCGAUAACGACACCAGUAAAGACUUCUGGUGUAAUCUCUGUAUCCCUGAGGUUCAUCCAGUAGGUUGGUGCGCUUCGAGCAACAAACCGCUUGUACCUCCAAAAAGCAUACAGCAUAAGUACUCUAACUGGAAAGUGUUUCUUGUGAAGCGUCUCACUGGAGUCAAAACACUGCCAACGGAUUUUAAUGCCAAGGUUCGUGAAAACAUGCAGUUCCCUUUUAAGAAGCUGAUGCGGGUGGAGGUGGUGGAUAAGAACUACUUGUGCCGGACACGGGUGGCUCUGGUGGAGCAGGUUAUCGGAGGACGCCUCAGGCUGGUCUAUGAGGAUGACGGCCUAGAUGACUUCUGGUGCCAUAUGUACAGCCCCCUGAUUCACAACAUAGGCUGGUCACGGAGUAUCGGCCACCGCUUCAAACGAUCUGAUGUCACAAAGAAAGCUGAAGGACAGGUCGAUGCCCCUGCUCAACUGUUUCAGAAGGUAAAAGAUGUGGAGCAGAGUGAAGAAUGGUUCAAAGAAGGGAUGAAAUUAGAAGCUAUAGACCCCCUCAACCUCUCUGCUAUCUGUGUAGCCACAGUUAAAAAGGUGUUGGCAGACGGUUACCUCAUGAUUGGAAUUGAUGGCUCGGAGGCCGUUGACGGAUCAGACUGGUUCUGCUACCACGGCAUGUCUCCUUCCAUCUUCCCCGUCGGCUUCUGUGAAAUCAACAACAUUGAACUCACGCCUCCUAAAGGGUACAUGAAGUUGCCAUUUAAAUGGUUUGACUACCUCAGAGAAAUGGGCUCAGUAGCUGCACCUGUCAAUCUCUUUAACAAGGAGGUUCCCAAUCACGGUUUCCGGAUAGGCAUGAAGCUGGAAGCCGUUGAUUUGAUGGAGCCACGGCUGGUAUGUGUUGCCACAGUAACGAGGAUUGUGCACCGGCUACUCAGGAUCCACUUUGAUGGAUGGGAAGACGAGUAUGAUCAGUGGGUGGAUUGUGAGUCACCAGAUCUCUACCCAGUGGGCUGGUGUCAGCUGACAGGCUACCAGCUCCAACCCCCUGCCUCACAAAGCAACAGAGACACACCCCUGUCUGCACCCAAGCAGAAGAAAAAGACCCAACCAUACAAAGGACAGAAGAAAAAGUCUCUACUGCGAAUGAAAGAGGACACAGGUGAUGUGGACGAGUUCACCUUCACGCAGGGAACCUCAGACCAAGAAAGCAACGGCUCAGGCAGCUACUACAUCAAACAGGAGCCGUGAGGGUCAUCGGGACAUGGAAGGAGCAGGAUGAAGCACAUGGACAUACCUGUGGGACAAGACAACACAACACAGUGCCUGGAAUCACUGAUAGAUGCAGAAGAUCUUAGAUAGUGUCCAUGAUUACUGAAAAACCUAAAUGGAAACAUCUCUCUGAACUGUGCUGCAGCCUCACAGCUGUGUAUGCACAUGCUGAAAAUCCCCAAAGAUCUCGACUUUGGGCAUUGUCUUUUCAACCACUUUCUCUUCUCCAGAAAACGAUUCCAGGAAAUGAGGGCUCAGCUGCCUCUGCCUCCAUCUGGGCCACCCACAGAGACCUUGAGAAGCUGUGAGAAGCAAGUAUUGAGCCAGAUCAUUUGUUUUUUUUGGUUGCUUCAGUUGGUGUUUAGCAGCGGCGCGCCAAUAGACCUUAAUAUUUUCCUUCUUUCCUUUGGAACAAUAUUGACAGGUGGGCCUUUUGUUUGUUAAUUUUACUUGAAGAUUUGAUUUUGGGCUUUUUUGUCUUUGUUGCAUUAACAUUUUCAGUGGCUGUGUGAGAAAUGUGUGAUGUUCCAGAAAAUGCUUUUCAGAGGUCGGUGGAGACAUGUUGGAAUCCAAGUCCCAGAUGUACAUAUGACAGAUUUCUAGAGAUACAGGGACCAGUGCAGCUCAGCAUUACUAUUUAAGUUCUAUAUGUUUCCAGUUCAGUUUCCCGAAGCUUUUCACUGAGCUCAGCUAUAGUUUUUGCUCAUUCAAACCUGUUACAGUUGGCUUUGCACAAGCAGGUUUCUGAUCAGAGUUUAGGAAGCUUUCAGUCCCAGCAGCUUUCUCUCAACAAAAUGUCUUCUUUUCAUUCAGAGGAAGACAAAAGCCAGUUUCCCUGGACAACCAGCUUGUUUGUAGUAUGUCAACAAAAAUAAUCUUUAUCUGGAGUUUAAAUAAAGAAAUCAUGUCCCUAAAAGCCCUUUA